AUGAUUCAAUUAGCAUGUGUUGUUUUAGAUACCAAUUCAUUUGCUUAUAAAGAUAAGUAUUAUCGACAAAUUAAAGCAUAUAUUGACGACGUAUUUAUGACAACUAAUUUAUCCAAAGAAGAUAUUCUGAAAGAACUUGAUGAAACCAUUAAAACAUAUUCAAAUGUUAAAAUUACUACUACUAUCAGUCAAUCAUUAGAAUAUCUUGAUGUUACUAUUGAAAAUAAUAAUGGACAUUUAAAAAUAUCUAUUUAUCAUAAAUCAGCUUCAGAAUCCUAUAUUCUACCUUAUGAAUCUGAUCAUCCAAGACACAUUCAUGCUGCAUUAGCGCAAGCUGCACGUAGCUGUUCCAAUAUGGAAGAUUUUGAUAUGGAACGAUUAAGUACGGAAAUGAAAUGACUAUAUAGUUAAAGGUUAUCCACCAAAAUUUAUACAACACCAUAUAAAAACAGCUUGUCAGCGCAGCUCCUGCGGAGCUGAAAUGUGGAACUCACGUAUAGCUUUAGCUUUGUUACCUGACGCAUCAUCUGUAUACUGAAAGACUUCUCGUCAACUAUAGUUGUUUUCCUUGAGAAUCGAUGAAAAGAGCGGGAAUUUAUUAUUUAUUUGUAUAUUAAAAAUAUAUAUUAAAAAAAGAAAAUAUUGUUUUUUCAUUUAAGCGCGCUCGAUUUCAUUUAUAAUUAUUGCUAUAUACUCGAUAAUAAUCUUUUUUUUUGUUUUCUAAUUUGAAGUUAUUUUUCUCCACCAUCGAGUAUUUGAUGAAUACGGUUGUUGCAGUCUAUUUUGAGGGGGAGGGGGUAUAUGUAUGUAAUGUUCUUUUUUGCUUGCUAUAGUCUGUAAAGGGGG